AUGCUAUCCAGGAGGACGUUUUCGCGCGAGAAGUUUGAAAUAGAUGAGAUCGCCCGACAGGUUGGGACUGAUCAGCCUUGCAAGACGGCACCCUGCAUGAUCGACAUCCCCGCAACGAUCAGAAGAGAAGCACUGGUUGCUGGAAGCAUUCUGGGCCGCCUUCCGGCAGAACUACGAAUCAUGAUAUAUGAGUACGCCCUGCAAGAAGGCUACGACGGGGCCGACACCGUAUAUCUCGAACCCGAUGUCAGAAGCAAACUCUCAUUAGGCAGGCUGAGGGCCGCGCCCGUACCUGAAGGCGACAAGUCCGGUCCUCUACAUGUGUGCGGCCUACCGGCAACCUGCAAGCAAUUGCGGAGAGAAAGCCUUGCACUGUACUAUUCCAUCAAUCGCUUCUACAUCCAGACGGAAUAUCUGAAGAGCGACGAGAAAGACGAUAUCAUGGAGCAAAUCAGAAACUGGACGAAGAGCAUUGGUCUCGCUCGAGCACACGAGAUGCGAGAUGUCACCAUCAGUUUAGCCUCUUUCAAAGAUCACCAGCACGGCCAGCAUGUUCCUCUCCAUAUCGAGUGGAACCAUAUGAGGGACCUUCGCCUUCUCUUUCAUCCGCGCGGCCGGCUCGGGGUGCGGUUCUAUCUGCAAGGCAGCAAAACGGCGACGUUCACGCUCGGUUCGCGAGCUUCGAUCGAGGAACAGCUCGAUCGGAUGGCAGAGGUGUGGUGUAUGAGGUGGCAGAAGACGCGCAAGUAUAGCGAGUGGGUGGCGAGGACCAUGGCCAACAUGGACAGAGCCGAUGUUGCGAGGCUGUUUGUUGAUAUGCCAGAGCAUGUUUGA